AUGGGUCGCGCCGAAAGUACUAUGAAAUAUAUACUGUGUUUCUUCAACCUUUUCAUUAUGUUCCUGGGCCUGGUGAUGGUAGUUAUAGGCGUGAUCUUUCAGAUGGAUUGGAAAGUUGUCAAAGAUGUGUUGAAGGCUUACCUGACAGUCGAACCGUGGAGUUUCAUCAUAAUCGGCACUCUAAUGUUUGUGAUAGGCAUUUUCGGUUUCUGUGGCCCAUUAUUUAAUAAUAAGAUCACGGUUUUCACGUACGUUAUCUUUCUGCUGGUCAUCAUCGUCUUGGAAGCAGUUAUCGCUAUACUUCUAAUCACAUCACAAGAUACCAAGAGAAGUAUAAUGAAAUUUGGCAGCGAUAUAUUCGAGGCAGCGCCCAACUCUUACGUUCUCAGGAGCAUUACGAACAGUGUCCAAGAGCAGUUUGAAUGUUGCGGUUGGAGCGGAGUCGAGGAUUAUGGUCUUCUUGCUUCCUUUCCAUCGCUACCAGACUCCUGCUGCCGCGAAAAUGAACCUUACGGAUAUCUCUUUCAACCUAAAUGCACCAUAUGGUUAGCCAGUCCUGGCUGUAAGAGGAUAAUCGAAGACACUUACGAGACAAAGUUUGCACAUGUCGUUGCCAUUGCUGUUUCUGUCGCUUGUUUGCAGAUAAUCUGCAUUGUGGCUGCCCUGUUUUUUAUAAACUUCGGUAGAGAGAGGAAGAGAUCUUGCAUGCCUUUUUUCUUUUAA